AGCCCAACCGACCCGGCCAGUCGCUCCUCGGAAGCCGACGAGAAAACAUCUCUCUCCUCGUAAAAUCGUCUUCCGAUUUCUUGUCUUGAAAAGAUGCUCGCUCGGAGUGUUCUUGUCACCGGUUGCAGCCGCGGCAUCGGCUUGGAGUUCGUGCGACAGCUGGUAUCGUGCGAUAAACCUCCGGCCGUGGUCAUAGGUACUUGCAGGAAUCCGGACAAAGCCACAGAACUGCAAGAACUCGCCAAGAAAUAUUCAAACCUGAAGAUCAUCAAAUUUGACGUGACAGACUACGCCAGCCUCCCCCGCGUGGUCGAGGAGGUAGGCCAGGCCGUGGGCGAGGGCGGCCUCAACCUCCUGAUCAACAACGCGGGCGUCAUGGACAAGUGCCCCUCGCAGAUGUUCGGCGUGCCCCUCCAGCACCUCGAGGCCAAGCUGUUCAGUGAGGUCCUCGAGACCAACACCACGGCGCCCCUCAUGCUGAUCAAGGAGCUGCUCCCCCUCCUCAGAAAGGCCGCGGCGUCGGGUGGAGGUCCUGUGGGCGUGUCCAGGGCAGCCGUGAUCAACAUGUCCACCAUCCUGGCUUCGAUGGGCAGCUUCGUUGGCAACGCUGACAUCUACGGCUACCGGGCGAGCAAGACCGCCCUCAACAUGCUGACGAAGGCCCUGUCGGUGGACUUGGGGCACGAGGGCCUGCUGUUCGUGGCGCUGCACCCCGGCUGGGUCCAGACCGACAUGGGCACGAGCGCGGGCAUGCUGACGACGGAGCAGAGCGUCAAGGACAUGAUCCAGCUGAUGGCGACGCUGACGGAGAAGAACAACGGCUGUUUUAUUUCGCACGACGGGAGCGAGCUGCCCUGGUGAGGCGGGGCGCGCAUGGCGGGCUUCGACUCUAGGGUGAAGGGUAUUUGUUUGUCUUGGUUCCCGAUUCUCGUACCGUUCUUUUUCAUCUGAUAAUAAUCUUUUUCUGUGUUUGUCCUCAUCAUUUUUCUUCCUCUUCCUCUGUUUUUUUCCUUUUUUUUUCAUUCUCUCCCUUUUCCUCCUCCACCACUACCUCUUCUUCUUCUUCUUCUUCUUUCUCCACCUCUUCUCCUCCUCCUCCUUCUUCUCUUUAAUAUUCCUUCUAGUUUGUCAGAUAAAGAGUGCCAAUUGUAAAUCAAACACGUUUUAAUAAAUUAUAAAAAAAAUAA